GUUGUGCGCAGGAAAAAGAGAAAGAAGCACCGGACAAUAAUACACUGCUAUGGAAAAUCAGUGGUAAUGGGCUGGCAAAACCAUCAUACCUGUAUGGCACCAUACAUAUGCUCUGUGCUGAUGAUGCUUUGCUCAGCAGUAGUAUGCGAAAUGUAAUUCGUAAAGCAGACGAGGUAUAUUUUGAAGUUGACCUUGACAACAUGAUCGAAAUGCUCAUGGUCAUGGGCAAAAUGAAAAUGAAAGGCGACACAACAUUAAAAGAUCUUUUAUCAGAAAAAGACUACGAAA